AUGAACAUUAAUAACUAAUUACUAAAGAUUGUACAAGAUGUAUAAAAUGAUCUUAUUCUUAUAGAUUCAAUUAGUAAUUAAGAGUGAUUUUGAUCUCAAGCCUAAUGUAGAUGAAUUGAUCAAAAUAUUAAGAUAAUAAGUAACAAUACUGAUUGAGUUGGUACAACAACAAAAGAGUGUUGAGUAUGAUUAAUUGGAGAAGGCAGUUUAGAAGGCUGAAGCUGAAAUUCGAAAUCAUGUUAGAGUAAAUAUGCAAUUCUUAACAAUUUAGGUCGAAUAGUAAAUGAAAUUAUAUUCAGACAGUCUCUAAGAGAAGAUUGAUUAAUUAGAGAGGGAAAAAUAAGAAUUACUUGAUAAAGUAUACUAUCAUCUUACUAAACUUUAAGAAUAAGACACUUCUUUAAAGUCAGGAACGUAAGAUCUCUUCAUAAAAUGCUACCAGAGAAUCAAGUCCUAGUUUAUUCAAGAAAUCCUAUAUAUUAGGCAAUUAGGUUUACAAUAGAUAAUAAGGUACUUCAUAAGACAAUUGUACAUCAGUCAUAUAAAAUUGUGAUAGUCAUUAAACCAGAGAUAAACGAAGUUCUGGUACUUAACAUUCAUAUGUAAUGAUGAAAAAUAUGUAUGAAAUUUAAAUAUCCUUGUUAGUCGAGAAAAAAUCAAUAUGAAUGCAUCAUAAGAAAAAGUUAAUGAUAAAAGUUCCACAAUUCUCAAAUCUCAAAAUAGCUCUGCAUUAAUUAAGAUGUUUAAUAUAUAAAAAUUGAUCAUUAAAAAUCAAUAAGAUCAACAUUUACAAUAAUUAAAAAAGUAUUAAAAUUAUUUAUACAUUUAGUAAAACAUUGAAUUAGAUAUUGGAUGAUUCAUAAGCUACAAAAAAGAAACCUUGA